AUGACGGACCGCUUCUCGACGGAUGACGGCAGUGCUGGGAACAGCCCUUGCAGUGAUGAGUCCACGGUGUCCUUGGGGUACUGUGGCGGCACGUUCAGAGGAAUCCAGAACAAGCUGGGUUACAUUGCGGGGAUGGGCUUUGACGCAAUCUGGCUGUCGCCGGUGUUUACAACUGUGAGGGACGGAUACCAUGGAUAUUGGCCGCGCAACAUCUACCAGGUCAACCCCCGGCACAGCUCGUGCGGGACUGUUGAGGCGGCGACGCGGGAGCUCAAGUCGCUGGUGCGAGCCGCCCACGAACGAGGCCUUCUAGUAAUGCUGGACAUCGUGCCGAACCACAUGGGGGGCGACUCGAUUUCGGCCGACCCGCCAGACUACGCGCACUUUUCGCCGUUCAACAAGUCGGAGUAUUUUCACGCAUGCCGGGGCGGGGAGCUUUGUAAUGGAGACUGCACCAUCAAGGGGGGGGGCUAG